AUGGCUAGCACCAAUGCCGAGAUUGAUCAAGGCGACAAUGAAAAGCGCAAAGGCAACGACAUGGUGACCACCGUACUGAAAUCCGAGUCGAUCGAUUUCCAUCAAGCCGAAGAAGAGGAGCAGUAUCUCGGCAACGCGUCCUUUUUUACAUACAUGCUUGUCUUUUGUGUUGCGAUUGGAGGCUUUCUCUUUGGUUAUGACACUGGAGUUAUAUCCGGUGCAUUACAGCCGAUGCAAGAGGUUUUCCAUAUGAGUACGGUACGACAAGAAGUCGUUGUCAGUGGAACAACCAUUGGUGCCAUUGUGGGAGGAGCUGCUGCUGGUGUGCUAUCCGAUAGAUUUGGACGAAAGCCAUUGAUUAUCUUUUCCGAUUUGGUGUUCAUUGCUGGUGCCCUUUUACAAGCACUCGCCAAGUCAUAUGCGGUAUUACUCCUUGGUCGUUUGGUGGUUGGUAUUGGUGUCGGUAUGGCGUCUAUGUUGGUACCCGUUUACAUCAGUGAGCUAUCUCCACGCCAUAUCCGCGGUCGCUUGACUACGCUCAACACACUUGUUGUCACCUUUGGACAAGUCAUUGCUUAUGUCAUCAACAUUGCAUUCUCCAACGUGGAUGAAGGAUGGCGAUACAUGUUUGGUCUUGCUGGUAUUCCAGCCUUGUUUCAAUUGGUUGCACUACUAGUGAUGCCUUUCCUUCCCGAAUCACCUCGACGAUCAGUGAUUGUCAAUCAACCUGACAAGGCCAAAGCAUCCUUGCGUAAAAUCUAUGGCGAUUCAGUGUCGGAUACCUUUUUGGAUAAGGAAGUGGCGAACAUUGCACACGACGUUGAAAUUACAAGAUCAUCAACUUACAAGGACUUUUUGCUUCGUGAAAACUAUUGGCCACUUAUCAUUGCAUGCAUGUUACAAGCUGCACAACAAUUUUCGGGAUUCAACACAGCCAUGUAUUAUGCAGCAACAAUUUUACGCAUGGCUGGUUUCCGUAGCCAUCAAGAUUCGACCACUGUUGCUAUUAUCGUUUCUGCCACCAACAUGGUGUUUACCAUUGUCGCUGUGAUUGUGAUUGAUCGUGCAGGAAGACGACGCAUGUUGAUCAUCACCAUGUUGAUCAUGGCAGCAGGCUUAAUUGCACUGGGUGCGACAUUUGCAGCUCAACAAGGAUUUAUUACUGCUCAGGAUGACUGCUCAGCCUAUACCACGCAUUGUGCACGCUGCGUAAUGGAUGACAAGUGCGGAUGGUCAAUAUCUCAAGAUAAAUGUAUGCUGUUGGAAGGGCUUGGUAGCGAUCUUUACGAGAGCAAGACUGGAUGCCCUCCUCGUGGCAACGACACUGCUAUUACCGCCAUGUUGAUCUUGUUCUUGAUUAUCUACGUUGCUGGAUAUGCUCUUGGUCUUGGUUAUGCUCCAUGGGUCAUUCAGAGUGAAGUCUUCCCUAUUGCAUUGCGUGGAAAGGGCAAUGGCGUUGCAACUGCUGUCAAUUGGAUCUGUAACCUUGUGGUAUCAAUUACCUAUCUUUCGAUGAUCAACAGCAUGACCACGGCAGGCACGUUUUGGUUCUAUGCAGGAUUAUCGCUCAUCUUUUGGCUACUCGUAUUCUUUUUUGUUCCAGAGACCUCGCGUCAUUCUUUGGAAGAGAUGAAGGUCAUUUUCCAAAAGAAAAAGUAA